AUGGCAUUGUUCGUCGGAUGUAUAGGAAUCAUGCUAGACUCAGAAUCUAGAUCAGUAUCCCAUGAAGUAACAACAAUAGCUCAGACAUCGUCUAACCUAUGUCCAGAUGGUAAAUGGACAACUUGGUUCAACACUAACGAUCCCGAUACAGAAGGUGACUAUGAAUUAGUGGGGAUGAUACGAACUAUUCAUGAUUUAUGUGUGAACCCUGUCAGUAUCGAGUGCAGAGUUAUAGGGUCAGAGUCUCCAUAUGAUGAAACUAGUGGCCAGGGUAGAAUAACGUGUGAACCGGAUGUAGGUUUACUGUGCUUUAAUGAGCAACAACAAUCAAAGCAGUGCCCAAACUAUGAAGUCAGAUUCUUCUGCCCAUGUGAGCCAACAAAUACAGCCACAAUGUCUGUGUUGCCAACGGAGACGAAACAGGCAACUGAAGACGAUUCUACAACGUUCAUACAAUCAACCUCAGCUGCUACAGUGUCUGUGCUGACAGCGGGAGCAACACAGACAACUAAAGUAGAUUCCACCACAGUCACACAAUCAAGCUCAGCGGGACCCACCACUACGGAUGUAGUGACCGAGUUGCCAACGGAAUCGAAGCAGACCACGAAAACCAGUGCCAUAACAAUUAAACAAUCGACGUUAGCUGGACCCAACACUACAGCUACUGUAGCCGAGCUGCAAACAGGAGCAAAACAGACUACUACAGCAAGUGCCACAACAAUUACAGAAUCAAUUUUAGAAGGGUCCCCUACUACAGCUACAGUGUCUGUGCUGACAGCAGGAGCAACACAGACAACUAAAGUCGAUUCCACCACAGUCACACAAUCAAGCUCAGCGGGAUCCACCACUACGCAUGUAGCGGCCAAGACCAUGGAAACCAGUGCCAUAACAGUUAAACAAUCGACGUUAGCUGUGGCUGCCACACCGACUGCAACUCACAAGAUGCGAACGCAAGUGAAACCGGUCAGGACAGUCGCGCAAUCAGCCGUAAUACCAGAUGGUCAGCAGCAACAAUCGUAUUGUCCAGACGGGAGGUGGACCGACUGGAUUAACUUGUGGCACCCGAGUACAAGGAGCUCGGGUGGAGAUUUUGAACUACUAGGAGCCGUAGUUCAGGAUCGUGGUAUUUGUUUUAGCCCUGUAUAUAUUGAAUGCAGAGAGGUUGGUUCAGCUAUUGCCUAUGAUGAGAUACCAGGGCAAAGAAAAGUAACAUGCGACACAGGCCUAGGUUUAAUGUGCUUCAAUAAAGACCAAAAACCAAACUACUGUGCCGACUACGAAGUUCGUUACUUCUGCCCAUGUCCUGAUCAAUCAUUAACAACUACAGUCCAGCCAAAGUUAGGUUACUGUCCUGAUGGUGAAUGGACUGAUUGGGUGGAUACAUAUAAUCCUGGUUCCAGUCAUAUAGGUGGAGACUAUGAAAUCCUAGGAAUGAUAAUGGAAGUCUAUGAUAUGUGUCUGAAUCCUACAAUGAUACAGUGCAGAAUAGUUGGCUCCGCUUCAUUUUAUGACCCAACAGUCAAUCAGGAGAACAUAAUUUGUGACAUUGCUAUAGGAUUAAUGUGCUACAACAAAGAUCAAGCCUCGAAACAGUGUCCGGACUAUGAAGUUCGUUUUUUCUGUCCAUGUGAAGACGAUGUACUAGCAACUGAAUCAGGCAUAGAUGACGAUGACUUAGCAACUCCGAGUACACCGACUCUAACGGGUUCCUCUACUGCAAGUCAGUCUCCGAGAAUGGUAAAAGAAGACGACUUUGGUGUAAGUAGAGAUCUGACUACAACAGAUCACCAUAAUCCGAAUAGUUCAACUGAAGAUGUACGAGCCAGCACGACAAGACCUACUUACUAUGAAACAGACAAAUCAAUCACCACUGCAACCCCGAUCUCAAUAACUUCGACGGGUUUCUCUACUGAAAGUCAGACCCAAAGUUUGAUGAAAGGUGACUUUGGUGUAAGUAGAAAUCUGACUAGUACCGCAUCCCCGAUAACAAUAACUUCAGCGAGUUCCUCUACUGAAAGUCAGACCCAGGGUUUAAUAAAAGACGACUUUGUUGUAAUUAGAGAUAUGACUACAACAGACCAUCAUACGCCGAGUGUUUCAACUGGAAACGUGGGUACAAGCACACUAUCACCUAUUUAUAAAUUGGUCACAACAGAACAAUCGGCUACAAGUGUCAUUGCAGAUGUUACCUCGGAUUUGAAGAUAGAUAGUUCCACACCAUCAAGUACUGUUUCUAAAUUUAUGGCAACUGAGCAGGUGGCAAAGAACACGUGGUCCGCGUGGAUAGAUUACGAUGAUCCAGGAACAACUAUAUCCGGAGGAGAUUAUGAAAUAGUAGCAGAAUUGUUGCGAUCGUAUGACAUAUGUGAGCCUACCACAGCUGUCCAGUGUAGAGAAGUUGGGACACAUAUUGUUUACAACGAAGUCCCAGGGCAGCGAAAUGUAAUAUGUUCACCACAGCUAGGUUUGAUGUGUUUCAAUAAGGACCAAGCAUCAAGACGUUGUGCUGAUUACGAAGUUCGUUUCUCCUGUGAAAGAGUGGAAACUCACACUGCAGAAUACGAAUGGACUGAAUGGAUUGACAGGUCUGACCCAGAGGGUGGUUAUUCUGCCGGCGACUAUGAACUACUUGGAGAUUUAAUUGAGACACUCGGUGUUUGUGUAACACCUUUGGAUAUCCAGUGUAGAGUCGUCGGUUCUGGUUCCUUCCAUAGUUAUGUAGCAGGAAAGAAUAAAAUAACAUGCAACACAGACGUGGGUCUCGUUUGUUAUAAUAAAGACCAAAAAUCGAAGCAAUGCAUGGACUAUGAAGUUCGAUUUCUUUGUCCUACCGGGCGGGCCCAGGCUGAAAAUGUUCAUAAACGUGCCGCUGUUCUAGAAACCGUGACACAAGUACCAUCCCUUAUUCUUAGCGAACAGAGUGAAACAGAGACACAUUCCAAACUGCCACCAACGUCUUGUCAAAACGGUGGCAGGUGGACGGAAUGGUUUGACACUGAUGACCAGAACUAUGGUGGUGACUAUGAAUUGCUUGCUGACAUAAUGGAACCGUUCGCCGUAUGUGAAUCGCCAAUAGAUAUUGAGUGCAGAGCAGCUGGUUCAAGGUUGCUUUACAAUGAGAUACCUGGACAGAGGGAGAUUACCUGCAUGCCGCAAAUAGGGUUAAUGUGCUUUAAUAAGGAUCAACUGUCCAAAAUGUGUGAAGACUACGAAGUUCGUUUUUAUUGCCCGUGUGAUGAGUUCAUCUCCACCCCUGUGGUACAACCAUCUUCAACCAUCUGCCAGGAAGGUCAGUGGACACAAUGGAUCGACAUAGAUAACCCAAAUCCUGGCCAGACUGGUGGUGAUUAUGAGCUAAUUGGCGAAAUAGUUAAACAAUACCCCAUGUGUGCAAAUCCGACAAACAUUGAGUGUCGAGUUUUAGGUUCACUCCAUGAUCAAACCAUUGGACAGAAGAAGAUAACGUGCAGCACUGAGGUGGGAUUGCUGUGUUUUAACAAAGAUCAGAGCUCGGGACAGUGUCUUGACUACGAAGUUCGUUUUUUCUGCCCCUGUCAUACGAUUCAUGAGACAUUAGCUGCUGAUUUACCAGCUCUGAAUCAAAUCACUACAAGAAUGAAAUCAUAUACCCCUACAGUUUAUAUAGAUCGAUAUGGCAUAGUUAUUGCUAUUCCAUAUUCAUACAACCCUCAGUGUCCAUACCAUUCUCCUGUUUUUUCGUCGUCAGUAAACGGCAUUCAUUAUACAAUGAGCAUAACCGAUCGACGUGCAUGA